AACGAGGCUGUAUUGGUUAAUGAAUAUGCAUGCGACGGUUUACCGCUGACUGUAGUUCACGAUCCGCUGGCAACUAGUGACUGUUUACUUCGGAUUAACUGUUUAGAAACAAGUUGGAAUUUAUGACAAUUGUGUUGUUUACUGCUAGAAUAUUGUAGGAUUUUAAGUUCUUAAUCAGAAAUGCCGACAACACCGGAAAAAAUGACGAAAUAUGAAAAGAUCGAGCAGUUCGUGAAGGGUUUCAAGUUGUCGUCCCUGACGUACAAGCGAGUUAUGCACCUGCUUAACGAUGAGAUGAACAACGGACUGCAUGAGAGCAUGAACUACCACGCAGACAUCAAGAUGUUCCCCACAUUUGUGCGGGCUCUUCCGGAUGGAACAGAAAAAGGAAAAUUCCUCGCAUUGGACUUGGGCGGUACGAACUUCCGGGUGCUGAUAGUACGGAUAGACCAGCGUGAUGUUGACAUUCAGAGCCAGACGUACCUCAUUCCGCAGAGAAUCAUGCUGGGGACCGGAAUACAGUUGUUCGACCACAUAGCGGACUGUAUAUGCAGGUUCAUACGUGAUCACGAUCUCAAGGACGAGACCAUACCGCUGGGCUUCACGUUCUCCUUCCCGUGCCGACAGGAAGGGCUCGCCAAGGCGCGCCUCUCAAAGUGGACGAAGGGCUUCCGGUGCGAGGGCGUGGUCAACGAAGACAUAUGCUUCCUGCUGCAUGAGGCCAUGAAGCGGAAAAAUACGACGACGGUUGACGUCGAGGUUGUCGCGGUUGUCAAUGACGCCGUCGGUACGUUGAUGUCGGCUGCACAUACAGACAGGAACUGUGAAAUUGGCCUGAUUUUAGGUACGGGCUGUAAUGCGUGCUACAUGGAAUCUCUGAAGAACGUGGGUCUCUGGGAGGGGGACUACGAGGAACCUGCUCAGGUUUUAAUCAACACGGAAUGGGGUGCCUUCGGGGACAACGGCUGUUUGGACUUCAUACGGACAGAAUACGACAGGGAGCUGGAUACGUACUCAAUCAACCCCGGAAAACAAUUGUACGAGAAGAUGAUAUCCGGUAUGUACAUGGGCGAGAUUGUGCGCCUGACGCUAGAGCGUCUGAGUAUGGAGGGACUUCUUUUUGAGAGCGCUGACCGCGACUGCGAGCUCUUCCAUAGGGGGCGUUUCUUCACAAAGUUCGUAUCGGAAAUAGAAAGUGAUCACGACGAGUUUUUUAGAAACACCAAACAAGUGCUAGACGAAAUCGGUGUGACAAAUUACACCACCGAAGACUGUAACAUUGUGAAAUACAUCUGCACUUUAGUGUCUGCGCGCGCAGCUUUUCUGGCGUCUGCCGGUCUUGCAACGUUAAUCAACCGUAUGAAUAAACCGGAAAUGACGAUCGCUGUGGAUGGUUCCCUAUACCGAUUCCAUCCCAGAUUUCACAACCUGAUGGUGCUUAAGAUUCAAGAGCUGAUUAAAAAGGGACUUAAGUUCAAGUUGGCGCUUUCCCAUGACGGAAGCGGUAAAGGUGCCGCGCUUGUGGCGGCCGUUGCUAUGCGAUUGCGAGACAAUAAGCAGGGCGAGUGCUCCACUUGACUUUACUUACAACAACAACAUGUUCUGCCCGAAAGCGUUGCAAUUUGCACGCGGAACUGUUCGGCUUCUUCUGGAACAUGCUUUCGGCUGCUUCCGGUUUACACAAAAUCACCGCUGUGACUUUUUACUGGAAACAAACUGCCUCUUUUCAGUAUAGCUUGCAUUUUGUGGCAGUGUGAUGAUCAUUUUACCACCAUUUUUAGCGGAAAGUAUUGCAGUUUUAAUGCAGUUUAAAAUAUGUAAUCAUAGGUGUGUAUAGUAUGUCAAGAUUUAUGACGUACGCGAAUUUGAAAUGCGACAGUGUUACACAAUUUACCAAGGAGGAUGGUUUCUUGAAAAAGAUUUAUGGAACAAUGAGACGUUUUCCGUAGACCAGGACAUUCCUCCUUGAAUCUAGACUGACCUUUUACAGCUUUUAAAAAAUUGAUGUUUGACUUAAACAUUCAAUACCAUUCUAAUUAAGGUAAGUAGGUAAGUAUGACGAUGGAAAUUUCUAGUGGUACCAUUUAUAAGAGAGAGGAUAUUCGAUUUUAUCAACCGGACAAUGUGCAAUAUAUGCAGCGGUUAGUUUGACCGAUGGUGUAAUAAUAUAUUGCGACAUUUUGGUUGGUAUUGGUUGUGAAUAACAUUUUUUUACAAGCAGUAUUCUGUAGUAUUGAAUUUCAAUUUAAUGACAUUCAAAUUAUAGCUAUUAUCUGUUGGUUUGAAACGUCCUAGUAUAUGACACUAUUGUUGAUUUAAUGGUUAUGCAUGGAAGCGAUAUGGAUCCGUGUAUUUAUCUUACUUAAUAGUACGCGUCAUGAAUUUAAUCUAAAAUGAAUACUCAACGUUGUGUCUUUAAUAUUAAGAAUGUCCGUGAUAUGGUGCAGCCUUUGUUGAUCAUGCCUUGAUCAUUUGAAAGGAAUAUUUAAGGUGUCUCUAAAUCAGCAAAGGUUACCACCAAAAUAUCCCUGUACACAUUCCCUUUUAUGUUCAAUUUUACAUCCUAUUAUUCAGUGCUCCAGCUAGGAUUUGAAAAGGGCAGGGGGGCUUUUUUGUCAAAAGGGCACUUUCGACGCGCAGUUUUUUGUCAAAAGGGCACUUUCGACGCGCAGCAUGUUGUGAAAAGGGCACGUUCGAGCGGGCGGGUGUUUCUGGAAUUCUUCCUAUUGCAUGUUAAUUUAUAUGUUAUAAAUAAUUGUAUUAUUCCCAUUAUUAUUAAACCAUUCAAAUAUAAUGUCUACAAUGAGGAUUAAACUAAUUACAAUGUAAUAAGAGAUUUAUGAAUUAUCAUAUGUAAAAAAAAAAUUUUUUUGAGGGGGGGGGGGGGGGGGCAGGGCGGAGGUUCGGGAGGGCAGGGCGCGGCGCCCUUCGAUUUAGGCCUAGCUGGAGCACUGCAAUUAAAAUGUCACAUUUUAAAAACACUGUUAUAGAUGCAAUAUAGAUUCCUGCGUUUUGGCAUGUGCUUUUAUACCAAAUAUUUUUAAUAGCUUUGUUUUUUCGUCAAUUUUACCGGGACUUCUUUUUGGGGCAUUUCUAACUACUACCACUAUGAUUAAAUUUCAACACGCAUAGCAUAUUCAAUCGGACCGUGCAGGAAACAUAUUGUGAAAAACUGAAAUUACAUUAUUGUGCAUUGAGAUUUAUGAAGAUACAUUUGAAUCUCAAAACCGAUGCUCAUUUUCUGUAAGCGUGUCCUAGAUAUUUGCUUAAGGAGUUGAAAUGGGCAUUCUAUUAAAGCAUGAUGUACCGUUUGGAUGUAUCAAGUAUAAAUGCGCCUUUGAAGCGUGUGUCACCCGUUAUUUUUUGCUUAAUCACUACAAUAACUGUUUGACGUAUUUUGCCGUGCACAGUUAGGAAUCCGUCUGUUUACAUGUAUUAUAAACACAAUUCUUAUCAAAGAUCCAUCAAUAUAGAGCUUUGUCCAUAUUUGGGCCCUGCUCGGUGAAAAGAGGAUUUCAUGCCUGUGCGUAAAGUGUCAUACCAGAUUAGCCUGUGCAGUCCGCUUUUAUGAUAUUUUCUGUUUAAAGAAAGUCUCUUCUUAGCAACUGCAUUAAACCCCUUUUUCACAGAGCACUGCUCAUUUAUUUUGAGCCUCGAUCAAGGAAAACGGGGCUGAAUCCAUGUGCGUCAAGUGUCGUAUCAGAUUGGACGAAACUUUCCACCUAUACUGAAUUUCCGUUAACAAGAGACUUUCUUUUCACGAAUAAUCCACAAAAGCGGAAAAUCUCGUUCCUGAUUAGCCUGUGCGGGCUAAUCUGGGUCGGCACUUAACGCAUGUGCAUUCAGCCUCUUUUUCGUAGAGCGAGGAUCAAGUGGGUUUUUCAUAUAAACGAUCUAUCAUUAUUGAGUUUUGUCCAUAUAAUAUACCUUUAGAAAGAAGCCACAUACUGCACUGACCGAUGUUACUGUUUGUAGGCUUCACUUUCAGGGUGGAGGGGAUUGAAAGUGGAACGGCAGUAUGCUGCGCCCUACUUGCCCCCCCCCCCCCCCCCCCCCUCCCCUCAAUUUCUGCCCCUCUAUAUUUGUCAACGCAUUUGAAACGUUUAAUUUUUUACAACAAUUUAAUGGAAAAUGUAAAGAUAUUGCUUUAAAACCUUAUCUUAACGAUUUCAGAUCGAGAAUUUCCAUAGAUCUAAUAAUAGCAUUGGUCCUUAUUGCCCCCCCCCCCCCCCAUUUUAAGCAGGACCCUGUACAUAUUGUUGUACUAGAUCUUGUCCAACAUUAUUCACUCAAUAACGAUAGCGAACAUUUGGAUUAAGUAAGAUACGCCUAUUGCCAUUCAAGACGGUUAUUGAAGGGAGGUAACCGAUGUUUUUUCCAUGUACAUCUGUGAGCCAAAGGUUAAACGAGAAAUUAUGCAUAACAGUAUUUAAUGAAUUGCCGGUUUCAUACCGCAUUUUGUAGUGUUUUAGGGUUAUUUUAGUGCAUAUUUUAGAAUUGUUCUUUAAUCAUUGUUGACCUGUUAUAUUCAAUAUGUACAUACUAAUUGCUUUAUAAAUACGCAUAUUAGAGAAUGAUUAACUGAUGUUAUAUAUUUUAGGCAUGUAAAUGCUACGAUUUUAUGAAAUAUUACAAGUUGAAAUGUU